AUGGGAAACUUUUCUUCAACAUCAUCAAAUGUUCCAUUUUUUUGGCCAAAAUUUGAAUUUUCAUUAAUCUUAUUUGGUGUUAUUAUUUCGAUUCCUUGUUAUCUAUUCGUGUUUUAUCAUCUUCUAACUGAAAGAAAUAGACGAAAAAGUGUUCACAAUCAUGCCAUGAUAAUAUUGUUGUUCUACAAUUUUCUCAUUGUUACAGUUGAUUUAACGAUGACAUUGGAUUUUAAUCGUCUUGGAUAUGUACAACUUUUCACUCCUGCUAUUUGUAAUAUUUGGCAGUUUAUUGAUCAUGGAAUAUGGUAUGGAGCUGUUUCAGUAAUGUUUUGGACAUCAUUUGAACGACAUAUUCUUAUAUUUCAUCCAAAUUUAGUUGCAACUACACGUAAACGUUUAUUUGUUCAUUAUAUACCAUUAGCAUUUUUCUCACUUUACACACCAAUAUUAUUCUUUUAUCUGAUUUUUCUACAUUCAUGUGGUCAGACUUAUGUUAGUACAAAAAUUCGUUGUGGUUCAAUAUGUCUCUAUAUUGACGCUCCCAAUUGGCUUCAACAAUAUGAUUCAUACAUCGAUUAUGUCUUGCCGACAAAAACAACGAAUGCAACAAGCCGUGACAUGGCGUCGUUGUCGAAAAAUGACUCUUCAACUUGUAUUGGUAUCUACAACAUAUGUGAUCUUCCUGCUAUAAUUGUUUUUAUUAUUCAAUCAUCUGGUUAUCCAACUUUUGCGAGUAAUAUUUGGUCACCAUUUUUAACACGUUUAACAUUGAUUCCUUCUAUUAUUGUCCCAUUUGCUGUUUUACUUGCAUUGCCUGAACUAAAGCGCAAACUUUUAGCUUUGUGUAUUUGGAAACGUAAUCAGCGAGUUAUUGUUCCAGGAAUUACAAUAAACUAA